AUGUUGCAUCUGAUACUGUGUGGCGAGAAGAGCAUCCUCUUUCAGCUUGGAGAAAAAGCAUACAGGAUAAUGGGGCACCGGAGAUGUUUACAGGGGCAAUAUGAUGCCAUGCUUUCCGGCAACAUAGCCAUAUUUGCCCCUUUCCUGAAAUUGAUGGCCAAGUUAAUUGCUGAAACGAGACGUGAUGAUGGUUCGCUAGACCCCGAGGACUUCGAAGAGAAAUUAGAAGCGGCCAGAAAUGAAGCUGAAAAACUUGCAGACAACAUGUACCAAUGGGGCGUCGAGUAUGCGG